AAGGUGCGAAUAAUGGAAAGGUGGCGUCCAUGUUAUGUUCAAUUAAUCGAUUAUCACCGGAGCUAGCAGUGCGACCGUCGACGUUAUAGUCGUGAAAGUGAAGCAGUUAAGUGUUUCGACGUGUCAUCCGCGUAGAUCGACAGCGGUUCGAGGCCGAAACACGGCAGAUUGCGGAGUCGACAAGUGAGCGUGCGCGUACGGCGACCAUCUUGUGUAUUCUCGUGACUCGUAUUACUCGUGCACAUCGCGCUCUGCUCCGAGGGCGUCACAGGCUAAGCUACCGCUAAAGUGAUAAGUGAACUGUCCGUCAUAGUCUUUAUCCAGAUCUUGUUAGAAUUUAAGACGUGCCGACCGGGGACAUGAACUGCCAGGCGCAACAACAAGUCCGGGGGCGAAGACGCUGCACCCGGACGGCUCUCCCGGUGACCCUAGGGGCGCGACGCGAACGAGAACGUGAGCGUCGUGAGGAGCGCUAUGCGGGGAGCAAAUGGGGUGCCGCCCCAGCUGCAGCCGCACUACCUCCUCCGCCCACGCACUGGCGCCGCGAGGGCCGCUGCCGACCCGAACCCGAUCGGGCACUGCCACUCAAACUUCUUCUCAACGUCAGCGUCUCGGCGUAGACGCCGCCCUGUAUGGACUCUAGUGUUAGUGCCCGGGGGCGCAGCCCGACGCCGCUAUGCGCCGUAGGGCUGCGCUCCCGCCUCUCUCGUGCUAAGUUUUUUAUUUCGUAACGCGAAGCGCGUCUCUGGCGCGUGAGUGGCGGCGUAGCACGGUCUGUUCCGCGCAAUUCCGCCUCGGCGUCGACAAAAUUCCGGCGUUAGGUAUUAUUUUGUGAAAAUUUUAGUAGUUAAGUGCAGAACCGCGCGCCCGCGGACGACGCCACCGUCAACUCAGCCGUAUCCCUUUUAAAAAUACGAGAAAAACACAAAAAAAAAAUAGCGGGAGCAGUUGGCGUGGCGGUGGGGGGUCCGCGGCGGCGCGAAGCCCGACGCUUCGACCCUCGUCUCCGUCGCCUUGCACCCUCAAGCGGCACUAGGGCGCUCCUGUGAUUUUUUUAUUAGGGCUCCUCGCAAGUCGCGCUGUGCUCUCGCUCUCGAAAGAAAAAUUAUUUUGAGUUUUCUAUAUGUCUCGACUGAUGUAUAACUGCCGAAGUUUGUAAAUUUCGCGAGGGCGCAGCGCCGCGUCUUGGAGCCCGCGCCGCGUGACCGUUGGGCUUGCCGUUGCAAGGCGCACGAACGUUGCAUUUUUUUUAUAAAUGAGGCGUUAUAUUAUAUUUUUCGAGUGUCUCCGGUGGUGAGGCUCUAGGCGCCGGGCCGGGGCGCGCCCCGCUAGUCGUAUCGUUUUAUUUAUCACGAGACCAAUGUAUUUUUAUUUGUAAACGUCGGGCCCCGCAUCGGCGAGAGGCCCAGCCCGCGCCCGCCACGCGCACACACCUCGCUGGCAGAGAGCUUUAAAAAAAUUAUUAAGUAAGCGAUGGCCCGGCGUCCUUAAUUCUAGUUGUAGAUUUUAAAAUUUAACGAUACGGUAAUGUGUAAACCGACUGUUAAAGAAUUGGAAGAUUAUAUAUGUUUGUACAGAGAGUAUAUUGAUCUCAGCUGCGGGCGUCUGCGGCCUGCCGUAGGAGCUUCUGUGAUGUACAAAAAGAUGAUGAGAAUAUUUGGAAUUUUACAAGUUUUUUAUAAUAUUAGUUUGUAAAGUAUACUUUUAAGUGAAGAUGGUGGUGUGAUGGUGAUCCAUCACACCUAAGCCGCUCGCAGCGUCCUUGUCCUCCCUCGACCCAUCCUUCUUCCCGUCCCACCCCAAGGCUCUUCGGAGCCUGCCAAAUAUUUCAAUGUCUCACGACAGACGUCAAAACAAAAUCCACUUCCAGUGGUAUUUUCAGCUCAAGAUACCUAUUAUUUAUCAAGAACACCUGUCACUCAACGAAGCUGAUGCAAGUAGACAAGUAGAAGAUACAUAUGAAGCAUUCAAGAUCGUGGUUUGGAGCGAUUUUAAGAAUAAUGCUCGGAGAAAAUUAUGUAAAAUCGUCAACGUAUCCAAGGGUGGUCCAGCAGUUAAAUUUAUAAUCACUGACUUGGAGCAUCGGGCGCUUGAAAUUAUGCAAAAUAAGUCUCCUAGCAAAGAUGAAGUAGUAGAGAUCGCUAUUGAUGGACAGGUACAAGAACAGGAGGAAGGAAAAAGUUUAUCGAACGCAUCCGUCCCGGACUAUAUGAAUUCAGUCGUUAAAACUGAAGACUGUACAAUGACUUCCGACACACCAGAAACCAGCAGACAAUCACCCCUAAUCGAAGAAACUCCAAAACCUCAACAACCCACCACCUCCAGUCAAGCGAUAAAAGAUGCCGUAACCCAACUCAUCUUAGAAGCUGAUAAGAAUGGAAGGGAUUACGGCAGGCAACGGGAUAGGAUCGACGUUGAUUUAGAGAGGGAGAGGAUUAGGCAAAGAGAUGAGGAGUUACGGCUGAGGGACUACGAAUUAAGGGAGAGAGUGAGACAGAGGGAUGUGGAACUCCAGCUACAAGAGAAAUGGCUGGAGUUCAUGAAGGAAGCGAUGCACCUUAUCAAGCGGCAUCUAGAUAAAUAAUAUACACAAACAUCCUAUGCUUAAGUACAAGUGUUUUAUUCGAUCUGCUCGGGGAACUGGCAACUAAUGUGUUAAAACACCUGGAGAUUUGGAGCUUGCUAGUCUGAACUCAAACUCAUCAGUCAAGAUUAUGUGUUCUACGUAACCUCUUCCUCUUGACUAUAAGGUAAUCUCGGAUAUUGUAUCCCUUCUAUGUGUAACAAUGGCUCAAUCCUUUCAAUACUUCUCAAACUAAACAAUAUUGAUGUUGGAGGGAAGCGUGGCUGAUAUCAGGCCAUUAUAAAUUUUAUGAUGGCCAGAAGUUAGGAAUUUGGUAGAGUUUAUCACCUCGGUGGUAUGGCUUUGUGGAAGAUACCACCCACACAUCAAAUAUUCCAUCAUACAUAAUGGUUUGAAGGGUGAGUGAGCCAGUGUAACACUCAAAUACCUAUGUUAAAGAAUCGCGUUUUAAUAACGGUGAUGUAGUUAUCGGAAAUUUAUUAGUAAUAAUAUGUAUAUUAAAUAUUUAAGUGGAAUAGUGUUGUAUUAUAAAUAAAGAUGUAUUAAUCAAGAACUGUUAGUAGUGCGUAAUAU